AUGGUGAAAGUACUUGUUCUUGGAGCGACCGGCUUUCUUGGUAAUGCUCUCGCGACUGCAUUUGCACGUGCCGGCCAUCAAACUUAUGGAUUAGUUCGCAGUCAAGUAAAAGCUAAAGUAUUAGAAAAGGAAGAGAUAAUCGUAGUUGUCGCUGACAUCAACGAGCCCGCGAAAUGGUCUUCAGUUGCCGAAAAAGUUGAUGUCGUUGUUGAUGCUACAGUUGAUUACCAGAAUCCCGUAGGACAUGUAGAGCGUAUUCUAUCGACUGUUGAAUCUGCUUCACGAAAACGUGUUAGCAAUGGCGCUCAAAAACUUGUAUACAUUUUUACGUCGGGUAUUUGGGUAUAUGGUGAAAAUGGUUCGAACGUUUUGACUGAAAGCUCACUACCGAAUAACCCGCCGAAACAUAUCGCUUGGAGAAUCGACGUCGAAAAAAAAAUCAUCUCCUCAACAGACGUGAAUGGAAUUGUCUUUCGUCCUGGUACGUUUUAUGGUAAAGGUGGAUCUCUGACGGCGAUUUGGUUUAAUGCUGCUUUACAAGGAGAUUUAAAGACACCCGGCAAAAGAGAUCUUCGAUGGGCUGUUGUUCAUGUCGAUGAUUUAGCUGAUGCUUAUGUUCGUGCUGCUGAAAGAGCUGAACUUGUUAAAGGGCAAAUCUUUAUUGUGGCGAAUAAUCAAUCCGAGUCAAUUUCAGAUUGUUUGGAAGCAGUCGCAAGAGUCACUGGAUAUAAAAGUGAUUCGAACAAAGCGAUCUCAUUCGUCGAACCCGACCCUGCAAAUCCUAUCGAUAUUGGCCGCGCAAUAUCAAACGUGGUUGAUAGUAGCAAAGUACGAAAUUUAUUAGGUUGGAAACAGCAGCAUCUUGGAUUUGUUGAUGGAAUUGAUUUCUGGUGGGCUUCUUUCAAGGCUCAUAAUCUUUAA